CAAAAAAAAAAAAGUGCUGCUUUUCCAAAGUCGGAUCAUGCUGACGUGUAUGAUGAUUAUUGAAUCACGGCCCACUAAAUAAAUGCUACUUACUGGGCCCCGCCGAAAGAAAAAUCGGUGAUCAAUUAUUAUUUAUUUUGGGGGUAGAAGGUCCGUCUGAUCACCAACCAUCCCCCAAUAAGUAUCUGCUCUCCUCCUCUUGUUGUUAUUUCCAUAUCUCUGGGGAAGCUUCGCCAAUCAGAAUUCUUCAAAUACCACCGGAAACCACCAUGAUUCGGUUCCUAACCGCCAUCCACUUUUUCUGGUUCCUUUCACUUUCCGGCCUGGUAGCCGGUAGCCGGGACGUCCCCGGAGACCAUCUGCGUUUACCGUCGGAAGCUUCAAAAUUCUUCCGAAGAGGUGGUGGGGCCGAUGAUCAGGUUGAUGACAACGAGGGAACGAGAUGGGCGGUCCUUAUUGCUGGCUCUAAUGGCUACUGGAAUUACAGACAUCAGUCUGAUGUUUGUCAUGCCUAUCAACUCUUGAGGAAAGGUGGUUUGAAGGAUGAAAACAUUAUCGUCUUCAUGUAUGAUGAUAUAGCUUUCAAUGAAGAGAACCCUAGGCCUGGAGUUAUCAUUAACAGCCCACAUGGCGAUGAUGUUUAUAAAGGAGUUCCAAAGGAUUAUACCGGAGAAGAUGUUACAGUUGAGAACUUUUAUGCUGCUAUCCUUGGAAAUAGAUCUGCCCUUACAGGUGGUAGUGGGAAGGUUUUGGAUAGUGGUCCCAAUGAUCAUAUUUUCAUCUACUAUACUGAUCAUGGUGGUCCGGGAGUUCUUGGGAUGCCUACUGGGCCUUACAUCUACGCUAAUGAUCUGAUAGAGGUCUUAAAGAAGAAACACGCAUCAGGGACCUAUAAAAGCUUGGUAUUUUAUCUUGAAGCAUGUGAAUCUGGAAGUAUCUUUGAGGGUCUUCUUCCUGAAAACUUGAAUAUCUAUGCAACCACAGCAUCAAAUGCAGAAGAAAGCAGUUGGGGAACUUAUUGCCCUGGAGAGAAUCCGAGUCCUCCACCAGAAUUUGAAACCUGUUUGGGUGACUUGUAUAGUGUUGCAUGGAUGGAGGAUAGUGACAUACACAAUUUGCGCACAGAAACUUUGCAUCAGCAGUAUGAAUUGGUUAAGAGGAGAACGUCCAAUGACAACAAUGUUUAUGGCUCCCAUGUCAUGCAAUAUGGUGAUAUAGGACUUAGCAAAAGCAACCUCUUUGUGUAUUUGGGUACGAAUCCUGAAAAUGAUAACUUCACUUUUGUGGACGAUAACUCACUGAGGCCACCUACAAAAGCUGUCAACCAACGUGAUGCUGAUAUUGUCCAUUUCUGGGAUAAGUUCCGCAAGGCCCCUGAAGGUUCACAGAGGAAGGUAGACGCUCAGAAGGAGGUUGUUGAAGUAAUGUCGCAUAGAAUGCACAUAGAUAAUAGUGUGAAACUUAUUGGGAAACUCUUGUUCGGAAUUGAGAAAGGUCCAUAUGUGCUUAACACCGUUCGUCCUGCUGGGCUACCACUUGUAGAAGAUUGGGAUUGCCUUAAGACAGUGGUGAGAACUUUCGAGACACACUGUGGAUCCCUUUCCCAAUACGGGAUGAAACACAUGCGAUCCUUUGCAAACAUAUGCAAUGCUGGAAUUAGGAAGGAGCAGAUGGCUGAGGCAUCGGCGCAAGCUUGCACUAGUGUUCCUUAUGGGCGUUGGAGCUCUCUGCGCAAGGGCUUCAGUGCAUGAUUGAAGCAGCACAGGGGACUAUGAAGGGGGCAGCUUUAUAUAUAUAUAUAUAUAUAUAUAUUUAUAUAUAUCUACAUUUCUGAUUGCUCAAUAGUAACCCCGGCAUCGGUGCAAAACUUGCACCAGCGUUUGGGGCGCUCUGCACACGGUGUUCAGCGCAUGAUGAAAGCGCACAGGGGAAUAUGAAGGUGCAAUAGGCGUAUUUAUGGUCAGCUAUAUAUGCAAAUGUCUUUAUAUUUCUGAUUGCUCAUUGUAAAUAUAACCCAAGCUUUUAUUAGACUGCCCUGUAAAAAAAAACAUCUUGGAACCGUAAUCAUCUAUUCAAAGUUUGUGUUUAUGAA